AUGGCUCCGCGUGUGUUAGUUGGAAUAUACAAUGAUUUAGGAACUACUGCCCAAAGCGUUGACCAACUUCGGAACUGCAUAAAACGAAAUAUUCCAGGCGCGGAUACUCUUCUCUUAGAUGCCACAGAAUCUGUUGAGAAACUGAGUUGCAAAAUUUUGGAUCUUUUUUGUGUUGGAGGUGGAUUUGCUCGUGGUGUUAUCAGCAAGCUAGGUUCUGUGGGCCUUGCUCACCUUAGAUCUUUUGUAUUAUCUGGUGGUUCUUACCUUGGGAUAUGUUCUGGUGCAUAUCUCGCAUCAUCGCUAACUAAAUUUGACGUCGGUGGACCGCUAGAAGCAAUCGAUGCAGGAUCGUUGGACUUCUUCCCUGGCACGGCCGAGGGACCGCUGUUUAACCCUUUUUCGUACACUUCGAAAUCUGGUGCCUGUGCACCGGUCUUGGAUGCUUGCUCUACCCUAAGUUCCGACCUUCCCACAUCCUUGUCAGUGUAUUUCAACGGGGGUUGUCAUUUCCUUAACCACUUUGAUGAACAUACAAGUGUACUUUACUCAUAUCGUGAAUUGGGAACUCCAGCCAUUCUGAAAAGAAAAUGUGGAAGGGGCACAGUAUUACUGGCUGGACCGCAUUUCGAGUUUGAUCCUACAAGCUUGGACAGUUCGGAUCUGCACAUUCAACGAAUCCUACCUCUUUUACUUGAGCACGAAGCUAGUCGCUUGAAAUUAUGCAAGACUAUUCUCUCCGACUUUGUUAAGCCAAGCGCUGAUUCAUGA